AUGACACUCAGCAGGAGAGGACACAGAGUGGAUGACACUCAGCAGGAGAGGACACAGAGUGGAUGGACAAGAGAACUAAGGCAAGCAAUCUCGCCCGCUCUGAAGGGUGGAAGCCACAGCGGCGUGAACCAGCUCGGGGGAGUCUUCGUGUCGGGCCGCCCGCUCCCGGACACCACCCGCCAGAAGAUCAUCGAACUCGCACACUCCGGCGCGCGCCCCUGCGACAUCUCCAGGAUCCUCCAGGUCUCCAACGGCUGCGUCUCCAAGAUUCUCGGCAGGUACUAUGAAACCGGCUCCAUCCGGCCGCGGGCUAUCGGGGGUUCGAAGCCCCGGGUGGCCACGGCCGAGGUGGUGGCCAGGAUCGCCCAGUUCAAGAGAGAGUGUCCCUCCAUCUUCGCCUGGGAGAUCAGGGACCGGCUUCUCUCAGAGGGCGUCUGCUCCGCCGACAACAUCCCCAGCGUGUCAUCCAUCAACCGGGUGCUGCGGAACAUCACGACCAAGGAGACGACGCCCACCCCGCCAUCAGGAGGGGCGGCGCCCCCUGCGGGCGGCGCUGGUGCUGGUGGUGGGGGUGCUGGAGGUGGUGGAGGGGGCUGUGUAGCAGCAGCGGGCGGGGGCCAGACUGUGGGCGGCGCCAACUCCAACACGCCCACGCCCACCCCCGCCCACACGCCCACACAGGAGCCCAUGUACGACAAGCUCAGACUGCUCAAUGGUCAGUCCUCGUGGCCCCGCGCCCAGUGGUACAACGGUGGAGCAGUGAGUGAAGUGACCAGCCUGGCCGUCGACUCCCCCCACCCGGCGCCCAGCGGCCACCCCUGCCUGCCCAAGAAGAGUGACGCCGGGGAGCUGAGCGAGGACAGCAACGCCGGCAGUAGUGAGAACAGCAGCAGUGAGGACCAGGCCAGACUCCACCUCAAGAGGAAACUCCAGAGGAACCGGACCUCCUUCACCAACGACCAGAUCGACAGCCUCGAGAAGGAGUUCGAGCGGACCCACUACCCGGAUGUGUUUGCGCGGGAAAGACUUGCAGCCAAAAUCGGCCUUCCAGAGGCUAGGAUACAAGUUUGGUUCAGCAAUAGACGCGCAAAAUGGCGACGCGAGGAGAAACUUCGAAAUCAACGGCGGGCGGCCGAAGGCGUACCACCAUCCUCACCCACAAGAAUCAUCAACAACUCCUUCACGCCCACGCCCAUGUACACGCCGCUACCGCCUCCGCCCAUGUCCGUGGCCGAUACUUACGGGUCGAUGGGUGGCGGCGGCGGGUUUGCGAUGGCGUCGAGUGUGGGUCCCGUAGCCCCCAGCCCCAACUGCCUGCCCCCACACCACCCGCCCUCUGGCGUCCACUCCGGCAGCCCGGGCGCCGGGGGCAUGACUCUCAACCGGGACAACGCCCACACCCACAACCCCUACAUGGGCCGCCCGAGCUACGACUCCUUGUACUCGCACGCCCGCGCCUCCCCUACCUGCCCUCCCAUGCUCUACCACCACCACCAGUCCCCCCACGCCCACGAGUACAACACGCCCACCCCGCCCAACUCCCAGGCUGGUGUGUUGUCUCCAGGUGUGUCGGUGCCACUAGCGGUCCCCGCCACCCACCACCACGACAUGAACACCCAGUACUGGACGAGGCUUCAGUAAACACCGCGCGCUGUGAUACAAAACGAGUGGAAGUGACACAAUACCUCUGCUGGAGACUGAAUUAUAUCCGAGCAGAUGUUGGAAGUCCUCACAUCAUCACUAAGGCAAACUGAUAUAAAAACCUAGUGUCUGGGUUCUUACUUGUCUGCGGGAUCCCACCGCUGCCACCAUGAUGUGAUGUGCAAUGGAAUAAACAUCGAUCACUGGAUGUAUCUACACCUGUUAAUCACAGUGGCAAGCCACAGCUUGUGAUCACUAACACAGCUUAUACUAACAACAUCUCUGUACAGCACCAAUGCAGAAUGAUAAUGCAGUGAGAGUGAGCUGUUAGGGUUGUGUUUCCUGAGGUUGAUAUUCAUCAUGUAAUUCAAAUAUUAAACUUGUAACCAUAAUUGUUGAAAUGUUGUGGUUGUAGCUUGAGUUAAAGUGAACCAGGAGGUUGUGUUCAUGGUUUACUCUACAUUCCAGAUAACCGAAUAGAAAUGCAAGUACCGUACCUCAAUAUACCAAGUUUUAUUAUUGCCUUCAGUGCAAAGCCUCGUCAUUACAAUGACUGAGGAAAAAUAUAUAUUUUUAAAUUUCAUUAAAUGUGCUGUAUUUCAGUGAAUAUUUGCUAGUCUAAUGUUCGUAUAUUGAUACAAUUUAGUCAUAUUUAUUUUUAAAUUCCCUAAAAAGGUUAUUUAUAAAUUACAUUUAGAUGUAUUUUGUGAGACAAAAUUUACUGUAAAUGACUGAGUUUACCAAAUAACAGCCGAGAACAUAUUAGCGAGAGUUAGCACUUGUACGCGUCCAAUGUGGUUCACAGAUAAUUGGUUCAACCAAAUACUCUCUCUUGAGAUGGAAUUAUUAAACAAAAUUACCGUUAUAUACAUAUUUUAACCUGUAAAUGAACUACAGGUGUGUGGGAGAUACCUAGCAACUGGCCUUGACCAUGUCUUAAAUCACAGCCUCAUCUCAGUAUUAUCAAUACUGACCUAUGAGGCGGGUUACUGGGCUAGAGCAGCGUUCAUAGACCACCUUGAGAGUGGGAUCAGGGUAUAUAUACGGAAUCGAACUGAAGUUUUGUAAAUGGAAGAGCCAAUCUGGUUGUACAUAGUCAAGUACUGUAUAAAUUUGAUAAUCAGGUACUUGUUUAUUCUUGUGUGUAUAUUUGAGCUAGGCUUAAGUCACGCUUGUGAAGUUCUAAGUUUGGGAUUUAUUGUCAGGCUCUUUAAAAAUAUUUAAGUCCGGGGGAAUGAUUCGAAUCAUGUCUCCGAGCUGUGACAGAACUCUACACCGUAAUUCAUAACCCGAUAUUAUUCGUACUCAGUUGAAGUGACCUUUAAUGUUUAAUAUAUUUUGUUUACCGAUGCACAAAAUGAUGUAGUUUUUUCGAAACUAAUGCGCUUUCACUUCUAAUUUAAUUAACGAAUCUGGAAGCCUCAAGCAGUUUGAGUUCUAAUUCAGGACUAAUAUCUAACCCUUUCUCCUGUUUAAAUAGUAGUUUUUGUAACUAUGUGCACCAUAGUACAAAUAUUGACAUACUAAGCAAUUAGUUGAAUUUCGUUCUAUUCACUUUAUAGUCCGAAAAAAUGAAGCUAAAACAAACUUAAAUAUUCUUACGCCGAGUAUAGCACACAUACGCACUAUAUUAGGCCUCAUAUAUCGUGUAUUAGGCCUAAGAAGGGUUAAGUUAGUUUAUCUGCAGCAUAAAUAUAUAAUCUUUUCCGGAUUGUCCAAGUUCAAUAGUACCGAUUUCUACUUUUUAAUUGCAUUAUACGUCGGUAUAUGUUCUAUGGUUCCCAUCCUUCCUAUAAGUAAUACCAAAACAGGAGGAUGGGCUGUACUAUCAGGAAUGUUUCCCAUUCAUGGACGGAUCUUUAUUACUUUUCGUAGUAACCACAAUACAGAUACGAGACUUUUACACCAUCUCGUUAUAGAAUGAGUUACCUCUCAAACCUGCUAGUCGCUUCUAGUGCUUUGCGAUGCUUAGUUGCUACUUACAAAAAAAAGUAAAAAAAAAAUAUCAAGGAAUGCGCGUGAGCAUUUGGAUUACCUUAAAAUGCGGCAGCUUGUCUGUGUCCGUCUGUGGAGGGUCACCAGUCUGUAAGGUACAGCCUCACAAGACGCAGGUGGAGGGCACCGAAGACACCUAUGUUUCCAACAAGAGCUGAACGCUACUUUCUGGUAAAAGUUCGUUGAUUAAAAUGCCUUCUUUUCAGUCAAAAUUAUGAUGCCUCCGACAUGCAACCCGUAUAUUAGUCCUCUAAGGGUUUGGUCAGUUAUUGCGAGGGGUUAUAAUAUCGCCUUCACUGCUCCCUGUUGCUCUACAAGACGCGGGUACAGCCACUUGACUAAAAUCAAGUAAAUUAAUAUUAAAACUGUGUUUACUGUAAAAAUUAAUAUUAAAACUACAGCCGAACAAUUAAAUAAUUUGGAAUAUGUUGGAUGACUUUCUCCUUGUAAUAAAACAAAUAUUAUAUCAUGUGACGAUUUUUUUGUUUUGUUUUUCAAUUGAAAACAUAAACACACACACACACAUAUAUUUAUAUAUA